GAGCACCCACGUGUUGAAAGUUGAUAAUGUCGAGACGACUUUCGCCCAUAAACAGACUUCCCUACCUCACCUUGCUACGUUUCAGCUCCAACAGUACCGGACAGUCUGCAGAGUACGUACCGCAUGAGGUGGAGAAGAAAUGGCAGUCCAAGUGGCGGCAGAAGUUGAAGGAGAGAGGUCACGUGACCAACGAGCUGCCCCCCGGGGUCGAUAAACAUUACACGCUGUCCAUGUUUCCUUACCCGUCCGGCAGACUUCACAUGGGCCACGUUAGAGUGUAUACUAUAUCAGAUGCCAUCGCACACUUUCACCGCAUGUCCGGAAAGAAGGUGUUGCAUCCGAUGGGGUGGGAUGCUUUUGGACUGCCUGCUGAGAACGCUGCCAUCGAGCGAGGCAUCGACCCUGCUUCUUGGACUCAACAGAACAUCUCAAACAUGAGAGGUCAGAUGGCCAGCCUUGGACUCCACUUCAACUGGGACAGGGAGCUGUCUACCUGUUCUCCAGAGUACUACAAGUGGACUCAGUGGCUCUUCCUGCAGCUGUUCAGACGAGGCCUCGCCUACCAGAAACAGGCUCUGGUGAACUGGGACCCUGUGGAUAAGACUGUUCUGGCCAAUGAGCAGGUGGACGACGAGGGGCGGUCAUGGAGGUCCGGGGCUCUGGCAGAGAAGAGAUACCUCCUGCAGUGGUUCUUCAAGAUCACCCACUAUGCCGAGCAACUGUUGAGUGGACUGGAGACCCUGGAGUGGCCGGCCAGUGUGAAGCUCAUGCAGACCGAGUGGAUCGGGAAGUCUGAGGGAGCUUUCUUCGACUUCCAACUGAGGAACACUCGCGAUCACCACCACUCCUCUUCCUCUCCCUCCUCUCCCUCCUCUCCCUCCUCCUCCUCCUCUUCUCUGCCAAGUCUGAGGGUGUUCACCACAAGACCUGAAACUCUGUUUGGAGUCAACUUCCUAGCCGUCAGUCCAGAGCAUCCCCUCUUGCUCAAGACGGAGCUGUUCAGUGAGUCGGUGAUGGCUACUGUGGAGGAGAUGAGAUCUAGACUGUCUCACCACAGCACAAACAAUGACUCCAGCUCCAAACAUGGUGUGUUCUCAGGUCUGUAUGCCGUUCACCCAUUCACUGGUUCCGGAGUACCGGUGUAUGUGGCCGACUACGUCGUUUCUGACUAUGGAACUAAGGCAGUAAUGGUUGCGGCCGAGCACCGUCUUCUCCCAGUCACUGAGGUUGUCAGUUCAGACGGUCUCUCCAUCAUCAAUUCCUACCAGUUCUCUGGAUUGUCUGUCGAAGAGGGGUCAAAGUCCAUCGUAAACUCCGCCCACAGCCAGGGGUUCGGAGGUCACAUGACCCAGUACAAGCUACGUGAUUGGCUCAUCUCCCGUCAGCGCUACUGGGGUGCCCCCAUACCUGUCCUCCACUGCCGCAAGUGUGGGGUGGUUCCAGUCCCCGAGACUCAGUUGCCAGUCAUUCUGCCCACUGGUGUGGAGUUCAAAGGUCGUGGCCCCUCCCCCCUCUCGCAGGACGAGGCCUGGCUGAGAGGAGACUGUGGGAAGCCUGCGUGCUGUGCGAGGAGAGAGACAGACACCAUGGACACGUUUGUCGACUCCUCCUGGUACUUUCUCCGCUUCAUUGAUCCACAUCUCAAUGACAAGCCAUUCUCUGAGGCUGUGAGGAGGUGGAUGCCCGUGGAUCUGUAUGUCGGAGGAGUUGAGCACGCAAUCCUGCACCUGCUGUAUGCCAGGUUCAUCACUCACUUCCUCCAUGACCAAGGCUUUCUCUCACACAAGGAACCGUUUCAGAAACUACUAGCUCAGGGAAUGGUUCAAGGGAAGACCUACAGACUGCGAUCCUCUGGGCGUUACCUGAGGCCAGAGGAGAGAGAAGAGAGAGAGAUGGUGGGAGAUGAAGAUGAUGAUGAGGUCAAGGUAUCUUGGGAGAAGAUGUCCAAGUCAAAGUAUAAUGGUGUGGAUCCUGAGGAUGUGAUAAGAGAGUAUGGAGCAGACACUGUCAGAGUGUUCAUGUUGUUCAAAGCUCCUCCUGAACUCGACAUGCAGUGGGACACACAAGCCAUCCGUGGAAUGUUGAGAUGGCUGGGAAGAGUGUGGACUCUGACUCAUGAGCAUGUCGAGGUGUGCCAAAGACGAGGAGAGAGAGAGGAGGAGGAGGAGGAGGAGGAGGGGGAUGAAGGAGGAGAGCAGAAGAUUGUUUCUGCAACUCAUAGAGCUAUUCAGGAGGUGACAGCAUCUUUCACAGAGAGACACACCUUCAAUGUGGCCGUCUCGGAGCUGAUGAUCCUCAGCAACACUCUCCGAGAUGGGCGGAGCCUGAAUGGAAGCCCCGCCUACCACUCCGCCCUGGAGACGCUGUGUCUGCUGCUAGCACCAAUGGCUCCUCACGUCACCGCACAGCUCUGGGAAGAUCUUCAAGGAGUCCGACGAGUGCUUGGCUUACCUAUAAUCAAGGGAGAUGUGUUGAGCCAACCAUGGCCACAGUGUGAUGAGUCACUACCGAACAGACCAACUGACACUGUUGAGUUUGUGCUACAGGUGAAUGGUAGAAAACGAGCCGUCCUCUCACUGCCAAGCCACCUGGUGGACUCGGAGGACCUGAGUAGGGAGGUGGUGAGGGUGCCGUGGAGGAGUGCUAGUAGAUAGGGGAAGAGGGAGAGGUGGGGAGGGUGAUUGUGGUACCUCACAGACACAUUGCAAACAUUGUCACCAGAUGAUGUCACUAAGAUAAUAUUAUGUCAAUGUUGUGUCAUCAGAAAUUUUAUGUCUACAACAGCAGUCAUGUAAAAAGCACCAAAUUAUUGUAAAAAUUGAUGGUCAGAUCGAUUCUAAAUUUAGUUGUUAUGAGUUGUGUUUAUGAUGAGUAUCAUCGCUACUGUCAUGUGAUGAAUCUUGUUCCGACUCUCCAUUUAAUGCCCCCUCCUCUCCCUCUUCCUUCUCUUCUUGUUUGUGCUUUGUUCGUCUUCUCACGGCACUGCCAUUACGCUGCUCGGCGCCUUGCUCAGCAGCCAGUUUCAUUUGCCGUCUCCUUGCCUUACUUCGAGCAGCUGAUGCCUGUGCGUUCCUCCGCCCUCUCCCCGGCCGUGGGGUCAGAGGUCGUCUGAGACAGGUGACGGUGUAGAAGACAGCAACGGAGCAGAGGCUGAACCCUGCACCCACUGACAGCCAGGGGUGGUGGAUCGUCAUUGCCUGGUAUACGGUGUGCAGUCUUGUCCACCAAGAUCCAAAAACGGUCCACACUGACCUGCCACCACCUAGAGGCU